UAAUGAGUAAAAUUACAGCAGAUGAAUGCAAAAAAAGAAUCGUCAAAAUAGUGCGCACUUUAAUCCAUUCAACAUGUCUGGUGUGUUUCCUAAAGAAUUCUUAUUCGCGACAGCUACCUCAGCAUAUCAAAUUGAAGGAGCAUGGAACGAAGACGGAAAAGGAGAAAGUAUGUGGGAUCGAAUAACCCAUACAAAGCCGCAUAUGGUCGAAAAUCAGGAUAAUGCAGAUGUCGCCUGCGACUCUUAUCAUUUAUACAAAGAAGAUGUCAAAUUUAUGAAGGAUGCUGGAUUCAAUAUCUAUCGAUUUUCCAUAAGUUGGACUCGUAUACUACCAAAUGGCGAAAUUACGCAUAUCAAUCAAAAAGGCGUUGAUUAUUACCAUAAUCUGAUAGAUGAGUUGAUAAAAAAUAACAUUCAGCCGAUGGUAACUAUGUAUCAUUGGGAUUUACCGCAAAAAUUGCAAGAUAUCGGAGGAUGGGCCAAUCCAUUAAUAGUCGAUUAUAUAGAGGAUUAUGCUGAUUUACUUUUUCAACUUUAUGGCGAUAAAGUGAAAUGGUGGAUUACUAUAAAUGAACCAUUUCGAGUAGCAGAAGGGUAUGAAGUUGACCUUUUCGCACCUGCAUUGAAUCUACGAUCAUCGAUAAUGUAUAUUGUGAUGCAUCAUACUUUAAAGGCGCAUGGUAGAAUAUUUCAAUUAUAUAAUAAGAAAUAUCGCUCUAAACAAAAUGGGAAACUGAGUAUCUGCUUGGAUUGCAAUCAUUUUGAAGGAAAAACGAAAUCUAAAGAAGACGUUGAAGCAGCCAACAGAGCUACUCAAUUCCAGUUAGAUAUAUUCACCCAUCCGAUCUACAGCAAUGAAGGCGGAUAUCUAAAAAUAGUGCGUGACAUGGUCGAUGAAAUUAGUAAAAGAGAAGGUCGAAAACGAUCGAAAUUACCAGCAUUCACAGACGAAGAAAUACAAUCAUUAAAAGGAGCAAAUGAUUUUUUCGCUUUGAUUAGUUAUACAACGAUAUUACGUACUCCAAAAUUUUCACAAUAUUCCAAUGCACUGAUUAAACCUACUGGAGCAUUUCAUGAUGAUAUUAACGCGGCAGGCUCCUUUGAUCCUCAAUGGCCGAGUGGUAAAGUGCAUUGGUUAAAAGUGGUUCCUUAUGGAUUACGAGAAUUGUUGAAGUAUAUCAAGAAAACGUGCAACAAUCCCCCCGUGUUUAUCGUUGAAAAUGGAUAUGGUGAUGCUGGAGAAUUGAAUGACAAGGAUAGGAUUUCCUAUCAUAGAGAGUACUUGAGAGAAGUCCUUAAUGCAAUGAAUAACCAACAAUGUAACGUUAUAGGAUACACAGCAUUUUCAUUGUUGGAUAAUUUUGAAUGGUUUUCAGGAUACGGGGUACGGUUUGGUAUCGUUCACGUAGAUUUUACUGACGAAAAAAAGAAACGUACUCCGAAAUCGAGUUAUAGUUUUUUCAAACAACUUAUUCAAAGCAGAACAAUAUCAGCCAGUCAGUGAUAUCAGUAUUACCGUUUUACUUGGACGUAUUUCAUAAAUUAAUUGUUGAAAUGUUGAGAAAUUAUUGUAGAUACCUAGUACCUAGCAACCUACCUAUACUCGUAUAUAUUUAAAUACAUAUGCCUAAUUGAUAUUCAAAAUAAACUGAGUUGCAAAGCAUAGCUUAGUCGCAAAAUUGCGUGUAAUAA